CAGAAGGAAGAAAGUCAGGCCAGUCAUUUACUUCUGUUCCUCAUCCUCGACAUUGCCAUCCCCAAUCUCAAUUAACAAAAUGUCUGAUGCUCGUACACGAUUCUUAUCCGUCUUUCCUCGUAUCUCUGAGGAAAUGACGGCCGUUUUGGCAAAAGAAGGUAUGCCAAAAGAAGCGAUCGAAUGGUAUCGUCGUAAUUUGGACUACAACACACCUGGGGGAAAGUUGAAUCGUGGUAUGAGCGUGGUGGAUACAGUACAAAUCUUACAAGGUAAAUCACAAUUGGACGAUAAAGAAUACGAACGUGCUGCCAUUUUGGGUUGGUGCGUUGAACUUCUACAAGCGUAUUUCCUCGUCGCCGAUGAUAUGAUGGAUCAAUCAAUCACCCGUCGUGGUCAACCUUGUUGGUAUCGUGUUGAUGGUGUGGGAAAUAUUGCCAUCAAUGACGCAUUCAUGUUGGAAGCUGCAAUUUAUCACCUUCUCAAAGUGCAUUUCAGAGAUGAACCAUAUUAUGGAUAUCUGAUCGAAUUGUUCCACGAUACAACAUUCCAAACCGAAAUGGGUCAAUUAAUCGAUUUGAUCACUGCACCUGAAGAUCAUGUCGAUUUGAGCAAAUUCUCUUUACGCAAACAUCACCUUAUCGUAGUUUACAAAACCGCAUUUUACUCUUUCUACUUACCCGUUGCAUUGGCAAUGCGUAUGGUUGGCAUCAAAGAUGAAGCAUUAUACAAACAAGCCUUAGAUAUCCUUUUGAUUUUGGGUGAAUAUUUCCAAGUACAAGAUGAUUAUUUGGAUUGUUAUGGAGCACCAGAAGUGAUUGGAAAGAUUGGUACAGAUAUCUUGGACAACAAGUGUUCUUGGAACAUCAACAUUGCCGUCGAAAAUGCAACACCCGAACAACGUAAAGUCUUGGACGAAAAUUAUGGACGCAAAGAUGCCGCAAGCGAAGCAAAAGUUAAAGAAGUUUUCAAGGCAUCAAACAUUGAUGUUGAAGGACGAUUCAAGAAAUACGAAGCAGAAAGUUAUAAAAAUUUGAUGAAAUUGAUCGAAACAGUUGAUGAAAGCAAAGGCUUAAAACGCGAAGUCUUUGUCUCCUUCUUGAACAAGGUGUACAAACGUACAAAGUGAAGAAAGAAGCUUUUCGGACAAUAACAUGACCGUUUCCUGUAGUAAUCUUGUUGUAAUAGAUGUACACCUCUUAUGAGAGCAGCAAUGGAUUGAUAUAUACCUCU